AUGGAGCUGGGCCGCAGGAAGGGCGUCUCAUCCCUUGACCAAGUGCCUGAUGAGAUCAUCGGCCAUCUUCUCUACUACAUCUCGCCUUACGACCUCGCCAACUUUCAGCUGGUGUCACAUCGCUUCUAUCGCCUCGCCAACCAAGCCCUGCUCUGGAGACACCACUGUCGCAGCUCUUUCAAGUUCUGGCACCCACGGCACAGGUUUCACGAGAAAACGGCCGCACUGGCCCAGCAGACGAACUGGAAAGACCUCUUCAUCUACAGGAGCGCUCGCAACCGGCAGGUAUCCCGCUUGCUGGAUGAUAUCAUUCGCACCAAAGUCCACCGCGUCAAAGGCUUUGAAAUCAUAGGCCAGAUUGGAUACGACGCCAAAGACUUUCUUCUGGAGCAGUGCCAAACCCCUCCCUCUGCCGAAGAUGGCUUGGCUAGGAGAUACUAUAGCAAUGCGCUCCUAGACACCAUCCACAAGCACAUUGCCAUCAACGAAUGGCAUUCUCUCAUGCAGUCUGCUCAACCCACAAGCAUACGGCAAGCAAGUCUGCAACUCGAAAGAGCCCUUGGCGCGUUUGACCUGUUUGUGCUGCAUGAUCAGCACGGUGACCUGGAUGAUAUCACGCGUAUGUUCGACGCGAUUGGGGAGGAGUUUCGAUCCCAGUUUCCAAAGUCUGGGAACUGGUCCACUCGCAAAAAGGCAUUAAGACUGCUCCGGUGGCUCCGCGCUCUCAACUUUACCGGAAUGCGGAAUCCAGAGCAGAAUUACCGCAACCUGAGAAACUGCUUGAUCGGUCAGGCGCUUCGUCAUCCGGACCACGAGUCUAUCCCGCUCAUUUCCACUGCCAUCUUCUGCUGCGUGGCAGCGCGGCUUGACAUUGACGCCCGAUGCUGCGCAUUUCCAACUCAUGUACAUGCCAUUGUGUACCCGCCGGAUGGACAUACUUUGGACGGAGAAGUUGUGGCGGACUCAGAGACAGCGUCCGAGCGCAUGUUCCUUGAUCCAUAUGGCAGCGACGAUGAGAUCCCGCUAUCCCGUCUCCAGAUGACGUUGGCACGCCUAGGCCUUCAGGAGCACAACGACCUGUUCCUCGCUCCCGUCUUGGCACCAACGAUGGCGAUGCGAACAGCGCAGAACAUAAGGGCCACCCUGGCAAGGAUUUCGGACUUGCAGGAACACGCGCACCCUGAACUUAGCCAGCUACUGCAUGGGAAUAACAAAAUGAAUGCCGACGCCUGCCUCUACGCCGCGUCGUGGGCCACGCUGCUGCUGAUGCCCCCUAAUAACACUACGUGGCUGGAGCGCUUGGCCAAGUUUCUGCGUCGAUUUCCCGGAGCCUGGCCCGAAGACGUCUGGAUGGUUGAGAAAUACCUGUGGCCGUUGUACAGCAGUGUCGUCAAUCCGAGGGACGGAUUUCCUCGCAACAUUGAUGCGGGCUUCGGCAACCCCUGGCAGUAUUGGCGAUUUGUUCGGGAUGCAGAUGGCAUGGCACCUCUGGUGCACCGAAGAGACUUCUGCGAGGAUCCAAGAGGGCCCCCCUUCUACAUUGGCCAAGUAUUCCGGCAUCGUCGAUAUGGCUGGCUCGGCGCCAUUACCAGUUGGCAUGAAAGAGGCUCGCAGCAGUCAAGCUUACCGGAUCGUGCUGGCGACGAAGAAUACCAUCAUCGGCCCACCAACCCUCACUACUCUCUCUGUUUCAUGUGCAUAACGGAAACGGAGCCCGAGCAACAUGUGGUGGCCCUGCGCAAUGUCGAACUCAUCUCUGAUCCUGCACUGGUCAAAGAGGGCAUGUUUCCCAUGGCCGGGAAGUACUUCAAGAGGUUCGACCCCGAGACCUGCAGCUUCAUUUCCAACAUCCGAGAGGAAUACCCGACGGAUUAG